AUUAUAUUCUCCCUCCAGUGCUAUUUCUCUUCCAACUCGUCUCCCUCGAGCCUUCUCUCAGCUGAAGAUGUCCGAGAAUCCACUGCUGUCUCUCUUCCAGAGCAUCGACAGAGUGUCCAAAUGCCUUCAAACCCACCUCUCCAAUUUCAUCGGCAAGUCUCAUGACCCAUCACCCAUUAACCGGAAACCUCUCCUCUCUACCUCAUCUUCAUGGAAAUUGUCGAGCACAGACGUCGAUUCUGUUCAACUGGUUGACAUUCUGAAGAAGAAGGGCCAAGCUGCUGCUCCUGUGACAAAAGAAGAGCUUGGGAGGGCCACCUGGACUUUUCUUCACACAUUGGCUGCCCAGUACCCAGACAAUCCAACUAAACAACAAAAGAAAGAUGUAAAAGAUUUGAUGGCUAUCUUAUCUCGAUUAUACCCUUGCCAGGAAUGUGCCGAUCAUUUUAAAGAGGUGCUGAGAGUAAACCCAGUGCAGGCAGGAUCUCAUGCUGAGUUCUCCCAAUGGUUAUGUCAUGUACACAACGUUGUUAACCGAAGCCUCGGGAAAUCUGUGUUUCCUUGCGAGCGAGUCGAUGCAAGAUGGGGAAAGCUGGAGUGUGAGAAUCGAGCUUGUGAUGUACAAGGAACUCUCACAAAAUUUGACUAAUGAAAAAUUAAUUUACUAUAUUUUCAUACAUCGGAACUUAGCGAGAAAUGAAUAUACCUGAGGAUCCAUUAUUCUCAGAGGUUGUUUUAAUUUUAUUUUAUUUUUAAAUCGGA